AUGUAUUUGUUUAAGAAGGCCAAAGAUUCCAUUGUCAAUUCGCUGCAAUAUGAUAAGGGUUCUCCCCUUAUGCAGCUAAAAAGCGUCUGCAAGGGGAUCCUUCGGGCCACAUUCCUUGUCUCCUUCGCGUUACUCUUGUUAAUUGUGUCAACUUUGUACUUUGAGCGGACCUUUUUUAUCAACAGAGACCUGCUGCAGAUCCUCGCAGUGGCAUCGCUGCUCCUCUGUCUGCUGUCCCUAACCAUCCUGAGAAGAAAAAGUGGAACCUACAUUUAUGCCAAAGUCGAGAUGUACCCUUUUUCCUUUAAGGACUUGAUUGACGUGUCACUGGCGACCGGGACGGUCACGAUUUCCGUGCUGGACAUCUUCCUGUGCUACCUUUGCCUUAUUGUGGGGUUCUUCACCUUUUUAACGGCGUUGUUUUCCCUUUAUGUAUGCCUAGACAGCUCGCAAAUGAAGGACAACGAGAAUAUCAGCCUUUUCAGCAUGCAAUUUACGUCCGUUUCGUACAUCGGGCUGUACGCGAUAACUCAGUUUUGUGCAUUCAAAUCGAUGCCCUACCACCCAGUGGAAUAUUUGUGA